CACACAAGGAGUUUCCAGCAAAAAGGCUUCUUUCCGCGAUAUCUCUCCAAAAACGGACGGCAACAGGCAGACGAUGAUCUCCAGCGUCGUGUUCAUCGCCCUCCUGGGCCUUCAGGCCACGCUGGCACAGGUGCGCUCGUGUGGUGUGGCUGUGGGCGGCGGGCGGCGGUCGGGCGGCUUCCUUCCGUCAGAUCUUCCAUUGGAUGGCACAGAACGGCAGAUUCGGCCGUAGAUCUGCCCAUCCAUCCAUCCAUCUCGCUGUGGUGCGGUGUGUUGUGCGCUCUGCUGUGUGCAGGUUGCGGUGGAAGGCACAUCGCGGGACGCCGUCGUGCGGACCCACGAAGAUAAGAAGGACCAGGUCAGCACAGCUGCUCCCGACACACAAAAACCAUGUGAUCUCCGUCACGGUGGUGAUGUUGUGCGGUGAAUUGUGCGGUGGUGUUGCAGCAGGUAGUGUCGUCGUCGUUUGUCCAGGGGGGCCACCACAACAUCCUCCGCGGCCGUGAGAGCAACACCAACACCCACACAGCUGAGGGCCGUGCAGAUGCACCACCACCACCAGCGGCGGCGGGGUCGACUUAUGCCGAUAGCUACAGCGACCACUUGGCGGAGGCGGAGGACCGGGAGGAGGAGGAUGACGACCCCAUUGUGGAGCUGAUGCAGAUCCACGAGUCCCACCACACCACACAGGACAACACAGACGGGAUCGUUGCAGAUGGUGAGCAACUGCUGAGAGGGAGGGAGGGAGGGAGAGAUAUGGAUGGAUGGAUGGAUGAAUGGAUGGAUGGUGGAUGUUGCAGGCGCCGCAGAGAGACCUCCUCAGAACAAGGCCGAGCCCCUCCCCCAUCAGCCUUUCCCUCUGCAGCAGAACGCCUCAACGGUCCCCGCUUUGGCGCCCAUCAAAAUAAGCGACGGCGGUCACACCAAGCCCAACCAGGUGGCCGGCGAUGGCCGCGACACACACACACACACACACACGGGAUUUUCUCUCCUUGACGUGUGUGUGUGUGUGCAGCAGGUGGCAGCGGCCUCUUUUGCCGAGGAGGGCCGCAACAUCCUCCGCCGUGAGACCACCAACACGCACACAGAGGCCUCUGGGGACGACUACAGUGAGCGUCUGGAGGAGGACGUCGAGCUGAUGCAGCUGGACGAGGGCCACCACACCGCACACGCACACAACAACACGCACAACAGCACACAGACACGGACACACGAGGGAGAGGUGGGGGCUGUGGCGGGGGAGAUGGAGGGGUACAAGGAGGCGCUGCUGCUGGAGGAGGACAAUGACGACGACCCCAUAUCCCUGAUGCAAGUGGACGAGGCCCACCACACCGCACACACACACACAUCUGGUGGGUGGGCAAACACACACACGCACACACAGAGGGAGAGGGAGAGGGAGAGGGAGAAAGAGAGAGAUGUGUGUGUAUGUGUGUUGAUGGUGUGUGUGUGUGUUGAAGGGAUGGAGAGUGCAGAUGAGUUUGACUCAUAUUUCGCAGAGCCGCCGCAGCAGCACGCCGACGAAGGACACGCCGAACACAGCUGCGGCGAGGGGGAAGGUUCGCCUGCUGAGACCCCCCCCACACACAACACACGGCAUACACACACACACACAUAUGCAAUGGAAUCCUCUGUGUAGGCUGCAUGGCUGGGUGCGGGGAUACGGAUAAGGACGGCUGCAAGUGCUCCCCUCGAGUCAAGAUUGAGUAGGGAAGGAAACCACGCUCACACACACACACACAUGGAUCCAUGAGCCAACACACGUGUCGCGAGUGUAUGUGUGUCUUCUUCUUGUGUGGGUAUGUGUGUGUGUGGUCACAGGUUCGAAAAGGACUACUUCCUCACGCGUAAGCCACCCACCACCACCCCCAACACGCACACACACACAGAGAUCCCUCCAUCCCUUGUGGCCAUGCCAUCUCUCUCCCAGAGACCUUCGAGCGCCUCAACUUCCCCUCCACCACUCUCUGCAUGGCCGACAGCGUGUCAGUCGGCCCCAAAUGCAACACUACCAAAUGCAACACACCCAAAUCAACAAAUACCAAGUGAGCCAGCCAAACACACGACACGCAGUGCAGGCAGUGCAGUGGACUCUCUCUCUCUCUCUCUCUGUGUGUGUGUGUGUGGUGUGUGUGUGGUGUGUGUUGUAGGCUGCAGGGGACAGCCGGCUGCCACACCGCCACUACUACUACAGCGACCUCAGCCAAGUCGACGCAGCGCUCGGCCAUGCCCACAUACGCCUGGCGCCACCCCGCCGCCCGGAGCGAGCCGUACGCCGUCCACCACCAGCACCAGCACCAGCACCAGCCGCAGCGCCAGGCCCAGCAGCAUGAUCACAGAUACUACUCGUACCAGUUCUCUGACCCCACUAACAAGUUCCACGUAAGGUUCCAAUGGGACAUAACACACACAUGUGAGACACACAUUCGUUUGUGUGGGUGUGGGUGUCAGAUUCUGGGCCGCCGAUCGUCGUUUGGCCCUGCCCCCGCCGCCCAUUCGCUAGCUCAGCUGAACACGGCGGCCAAUAGUGAUAACUCGGCUGAGGCCGAGGCCGAUAGCGAGGCCGAGGGGGCUUCCGACCAAACACCCCUCUACGCCGAAAGAAUCGAUGUGAGGACAUGGAGAGAGAAAAAGACAAAAAGAGAUGGAACCCCAUGUUGUGUGUUGUGGUGUGGUGUGUGCAGCUGUAUUCGGAGAAGCUUGACGCCGACGGCUACACCGUGGCCCACCUGCGGCUGCUGCCUCCGGCCAGCGGGCAGUCCUCCUCCUCCUCCUUCUGCGAGGGGGGCGUGGGUGGUGGUGUUGGUGGUGUGGGUGGCGGCGUGACUCGCCGAUGCGCUUACCACGACAACCGCAGCGGCCGACUGGGGAUGAUCCCUCCUUCUUCUUCUCCUUCUAUCCCUCCCGUACGCAAUACGCAGACAGACAGACAGACAGAGAGAGGGAGAGAGAGAGAGAGACAUGGGCCAUUCCCAGAGAGGCGGAGAGAGACAGACAUGGCGGCCCCCCCACCACCCCCUCCCUCUCAUCUGUCUGUCUGUCUGUCUGUCUGUUCUCUGCUGCAGAAGAGCAUCGGCAGCAGCAGCGUCCCCACCAAGACCCCCACCCUGACCGUCUGCCGCGCGCCGCCCGGCGACGAGUGGCGGGACGUCGACUUCUUCAGAGUCCGCUUCACCUGCCUCAAACCCAAGCACAAGCAGAUUACCGCACCCGCACCCACAUCGACGUCGGCACACACAGACAUGCAGAACGCCCAGCAGAGCUCCUUCAUCCCACCCAGCACCACAACCACGACCAUGGCGCCUUGGUCGGCCGCUGGCGUCAUGACGACCAUGGCGCCGCUCCCGCAGCAGCCGCAGCAGCCGCAGCAGCCCACACCCACACCCACGAGCAUCCCCACGACCAUGUCGCCCAUGAAGAUGAAGCUGCUCAAGAAGACAACCACCACCACCACCACGACCACGACCAUGGCGCCCAUGGCACCAGCCGGGGCGAACGCAACGAUCCACGGGGAGAUUCCGCAGAUGGCCCCCUUGAAGAUGAAGACCGAGACGGAGGAGUAUUACUAUACCAUCCGCUAGGGCUAUGUUUGAUAAGGGCGGUUAGCUUAGGUCAGUUAGAGAACGUCGGAUGAUCACACCUGAUGGAUGGAUGCGUGUAAGGCGUGUGUGUGUGCGUGUGUGUUUUAAGGGGGGAGAGAGAGAGAGAGAGAGAGAGGCGUCAGAUGGACACCUCUGUGUGUGUGCAGCGAGCAGAUAGUGUGCAG